UUUGCUCGUGCAAUUAAAUUAAGUUACUGGAAUAAUUUGAGUGAGUGUGCGCAUAGCAGCGUUGGUGUGUAAACUAACCAUAAAGUAAUGUGCUUGUCAUGUUGAUACCCGGCUUUCAUUUGUUUAGUGUCGCAACAACCAUUUUGAGAGUGUUUACAACAGUUGCACCGAUUACACCAAUUACACCGAUUGCUUCCCGAAAAAUGUCUAACCCCGAAAAUUUUAAAGAGGCCAAAUCAAUCUACGAUUUUAGUGCGAAGGAUAUUAAAGGGGAAGUGAUUUCGCUGGAAAAAUACAAAGAUCAUGUGUGCAUCAUCGUAAACGUUGCAUCGCAGUGUGGUUACACGAAAAAUAAUUAUGCAGAACUUGUGGAUCUUUACAACGAGUAUGGAGAGACCAAAGGGUUAAGGAUUUUGGCAUUUCCGUGCAACCAGUUUGCCGGUCAAGAGCCUGGAAGUAAUGAAGAAAUUUGUCAAUUCGUUUCAAGUAAAAAUGUUACUUUUGACGUUUUUGAAAAAGUAAAUGUCAAUGGGAAUGAUGCACAUCCUCUUUGGAAGUACUUGAAACAUAAACAAGGGGGAACUUUGGGAGAUUUUAUUAAAUGGAAUUUCACCAAGUUUAUCAUUGACAAGAAUGGGCAACCAGUGGAGAGACAUGGACCAAGCACUAAUCCCAAAGAUUUGGUCAAGUCCCUAGAAAAGUACUGGUGAUUUUUAUACUUUGGGAUGUACUCAUAAAAUAUUCAGAUAAUUGUUAAAAAUGCUAUGUUUUAUUAUUUAUGUAUGGCAGCAAUAUUAAUAAAUCGUUUACAAUAGAAA